AAGGAACCACAAGUCACUCCUGAUUGGCUUUAACUCAAAUGAGGGGGAGCGCCACAGCCUUGCAGAGCAGCAAUUACUUAAACUCAGGUGUGCGAGUAGGUUGCUUACUACUCUAAUUUGUGGUUUGGCUCCUUCUGGACAAGCACAACAUGGCAGCUGUUAACAGACCCACAACAGCCCGCCCACCACCAGAGGUUGACAUUCAUUUUCGUGCCACCGGUGGUGUGCCAAGCACUGGACAGCAGGACCAAGGACUGCAAGGCACAAGCCAAGAGCCAACAUCUCAUCCCCAUCUUCAUCCAAGACCGGUGUUCUAUGUCCCUGCUCCGCCUCCACCUCCUUUCCUCCAAUACCAGUGGCCAAUGCCCUUCCCCUAUAACUCUUUUCCAGGCUUUCCAGGCAUGGGCUAUGGCAUGGUGAUGCCUCCAUUCCCUCCUCCACCCUACAUGGAGGCUCAAGCAUACAUCAUGCCCCACCCGCACGUUCAACCGGUUGACUACAGACGCUUCCUCCACGCACCGUUAAUGGGUCAAGGCCCUCUGCACCAGAACCCAAACCAGACUAGAAGAGCUCGCGCUCCUUGUACUUUCCCUGUAAAAGAAACUGCCAACUCCCAGGUUCAAACAGAAUGUUCAGAUGGAUCAUGUAGUGAUAAAGACUCUGGGAGAGGAACUGCUUCGUGUUCGCCGUCCUCUAGUUCUUGCUCCCAAAAAGGUUCUGCCGAGGUGGGUACGGAUACUCGACACAGAAGUUGUGCAGAAAAUGACAAUCAGGUGACUGAAAAAAUCAAUUCUUGUAAACAAGACUGCGUGUCCCGUCCUGCUGAAAACAUUGGCACCAAUUUGUCUUGCAAAAUGUUAGAAAACCAGAACCGGCUUGCAGGUGUGGCCAAUCCAGAAAACCCUCCCAAAACGACUGUCCACUGUAAUAGGUGGUCAGUGAGCUCUCAGGAUUGUAUGGUCCCUCUAUGUAGCUCUUCUCAACAAGAGGAUGAGAUUAUCAAAGAGAGGAGCAUAACAGUCCCUGACAUUUUGACGCGCUGGGGAGGUGACACACCACAGGAGGAGGUACCGAAAGUGUCUGCAAAGGAACUUCCUCACGACGAUAGACUUGAAUCCAAAACUGACCAGGAAUACGAAGGGCUUCUUCACCCAAGUGCCACAAAUACAAAAAAUGUUCCCAUGCUAGAUGAUGAUGAUGAUAAUGAUGUUAGUGCCAAGGAAAUCUUUAGCAAGAAUGAUACAAUUCAAGAGCUCCUUUUGGAAUCUAGAAGAGAAAUUGAAGCAUUUGGGAGCAGUAUUUCCAAGACCCAACCUCAGAACAAAUGUGAACAUUGGUUGAAUAAAUCCAAUGAAGUCCAAGCCAUGGAAAACGAUGGCGUUACGAGCUCACAUGAAGGGACUACCAAUUUUCCUUAUAAAUUGCAUUUGAGUGCUUCUGCAGGGAACAGGAAAUUGAACGAAUCUGUUUGGUCUGUGGAAUCGUAUGCGCCCUUUAUCCCUAAUAAGGAAUGGCUAAUGCUUAAUGGAUUGUUUGACACUCGCAUGAUUGCAGAGUUAAACGAGAAUCCUGAGGAGAAAGAGCUGUCGAAGAAAAACUUUGAUUUCAAAGCUAAUCACGAUGGGCGUGUUAGUCCAAGAUUUUCUUCCAGCGCUCCUCCCAUGUCUGACCCUUGGCUUGGCAUCAGUCCCCCAGCUGAAAUGAAUCAAUCACAAAUGAAAAAAGAUGAAAAAGUUCAAAACUCAGAAAUUGCAGGAUCUCCAGAAAAAGACUCCUUAACCUGUUUGCAGAGUAAUAACACAGCUUCUAAUGAAGAUGGAGGUGAAAAUGGGUCUUCUGAACCUGUGGCUAAUCAAAGCCCAAACCAGGAUUUGUGUUUUACUGCGCGGCAGGCUGGAAGUCCCUGCACUGCUGACCAAGAAGGAACUUCCACAAGUUCCUCAUCAGCAGAGUACAUCCCAUCUAUAGCCCAGUCAACUCCCAAUAAUGUAGAAGCUACGGAAUCAGGAAAUGUAGAAUUAUGCACUGAGGAGAGUCACCUGAAAACCCAACGUUGUGUGGCUGAAUUAUCUCCCGGCAGCACAGGACAUUGUGUCGUCAUUGGCUUCCAUUGCGAUGGAAUUCAUAAAUCCAUAUAUACAUAUGAGGAGUUGAAAUCCAACGGGGGACUGAUAGGAAAACAUUCAGGUACGCGAAAUGGCAAAACUGAAGGAGUCUCGAUGAAUGGACGUAUACAGAAGACUCGGAGAAAAUGUGGUUCUUUGAGAAACAAAUGGCAUGGAGGAAAGCACAACAAUCAUGGGGAAAAUGUAUACAGUGGUGAGCCCAAAUUAAAAGGUGAUGGAGAAAACUUACAAUGCUGAUCCUUGUCUACAAAAUUGGGUUUUUAUGUGUAUUUAAUUAAACUUUAUAUUAAUAAACAUUUUACAUUGAAC